AUGGACCAUCUUAGUGUUCCUAUAAACGAUAUUUCUAGUUCGGAUGUGACUCCAGAAAGGAAUUCAAAACACGACCUGGAAGAGAUUAUUUCUAAAACAGAUAUAAAACAAAAUCAUGGAUACAAAUAUAAGGUUUAUGCAUUUGUUAUUAUAGCAUUAUUACAAAUUUUUGUAAAUUAUGAUAAUGGAGCUGUUCCAGUUAUGCUUAUCUGGAUUCAAGAACCAUUCAAUUUUAGUAGUACAGAACUGGGCGUAAUGGGUUCUCUACCAUAUGUUGGAUAUCUCAUAAUAUCUCCAUUUGUGCCAUAUAUAUUUCUAAAAUUCAGUACAAAAAAGUCAAUUACUAUUUCACUAGUAUUCAACUUGAUAUCACUAUCAAUAUUUGCACUUGCAAUAAACAAAUGUAUGUUUUUUGUUUCUAAAUUUUGUAUUGGUGCAUCUCAAGCAUUAUUUUUUAUAUACUAUCCUAUAUGGGUUGAUACAUUUGCUCCAAAAUAUCAUAGGAAUUUGUGGAUGUCAAUAAUACAAGGUGGUAUAGUUAUUGGUAUGACUUCCGGAUAUGUUGCUUCAUCUUUAUUCUCUUUCUCAGGGGAUUGGGGUUGGAGAUACAGUAUGCUCACUCAGAUUUUAUGUGAAUUAGUUCUAGUAGUUUUGUUUUAUUUUAUUCCAAAGGAAUUUGUUAACUUUGAUCCUUCUAGGGAUGAACAUUUGGAUUUUGAUCUUUGUACUUGUAAUAAAUCUAAUUUAUUAUCAGAUUUAAAUGAUAAUUUUGGUAAUUUACAUGUGAUUUCUGAAUAUCCCCCUAAUUUAUUAACUGAUUCUAAAUCAAAUCUUCUGGAAAACAAAAUUGAUGUACCUGAGGUUUAUAUUGAUACGAAAAAAACAUUCAUUAAGGAUAUAAACAUUUGCUCAGACCAUGAUUCUGAAACUGGAAGUAUUACUACUAAAAAAAUACGUAACCCUAUUUUUUACUUGGAGAAUUUUGCUGGAAGUAGUGUAGAAUUUAAUUUAAAGCGUUGCAAGAGCGUUGACUUUAUAUCAAAAGUAUCAUCACUAGGAAUUAGUAACAAUAUUGAAAGAGUCUAUUCAACUAUUGAUAGCUCUACAAACAAACCCGAAUAUUCUAAAUGCAGUAAAUGUUUCAUAAACAAUGUUAAAUUAUAUCAAGAAACCAACAACGUAAAAAAACUCUCAGUAUGGUCCAAAUUUAAAUUAUUAAUUAAACAACAUGUAUAUAUUUUAACUUGUAUUGCAAUAUCAGCAUUAUAUUUUGAGGUUACAGGAAUCUAUUUUUGGAUGACAAAAAUAGGAGUAACUCACUUAAUGGUCAAGGAAAAAUUCGUACAUAUUAUUUUCUCAAUUGAAAUAAUAACUGGUCCCGUAAUUGGAAUAAUUAGUGGAUCAUAUCUAAUUGAUCAAAUUAUUUAUCAUUAUCCUCAACAUCCACUUUUAGUUGAUUUUGUUCUCAUCUUGUACGCAUCAUUUGCUUUAUUGGUUGGAAUCAUACUUAUUUUAAUCCAAAAUGCAAUGACAUUUUCCAUUUGCAUUUUUAUCAUACUUUUUACAGGAGCUUCGAUGGUUCCAACAUUAACAUUACAAUCGGUUGCUUAUCUUCCAUAUAAUCUAAAGCCAGCAGGGGCAUCAUUUUUUAUGUGUCAAUAUCAAAUAUUCGGUUUUAUGUUUGGAACUAUUAUGCCGGGAAUUGCAAUGGACAUCUUUAAGAAUUACACCUAUUCACUGAUAAUCAUUUAUCUUUCCGGGUCAAUAGGAUUGCUGGCAUUGAUUUGGAUCUUAUACGUCAAGUCGAAUCUAAUUAAAAAAUCAUCUAAAGGUGUAAAACUACCAAUAUCUAAUCAGUAG